AUGGGCCAAUCCCUCACGGGUUCGACGAGCAACCUCUUACCCAGUUCCGCCACCGCGAUCCAAGAAACUGCGAGCAAAUUACACUCAAAGCUGCUCACUGUCACGCACCAGCAAAGGCAGGGACACGAACGAUCUGUGCUCGGAGCUGCUAAAGACAAGAGACCACCUGUUGGUGUGCGAAGGUUGACUGCCCCUAGUAGUCUUCCUAGGAUUACAAGCUGGUCAGACCCGAUGAGUGCGAGGAACAUGGUUCCCUUGACUCUCGGUCACAGCGAGAGCGACAGCGACGACGUAGCCGAGGAAGACAUUGAGGAAGAAGACGAGGAAGGCGCCCCGGGCUACGAAGGACUGGAAGGUUACGCCGAGAUAGAGAGCGACGAACCGAACGCAGCUCUAUCUCGGAUUGCUAGGCCUUUCGUUAAGUCCAACGUCUCCCUUCCGACCGCGAGCAAUAGGAAACGGCGACCGACGCUUAAACGAAGGAACUUGACGUCUUCCAUAUUGGGAGCAGGGAGUGACGGAGAGUUAAUCCCAAGCAGAGCGGGUGUUAGGGAGAAGACGCGGUUCCACAGUCUGCUAAGCGUGGUGGAUGGCGACGGGAGCUUCAACGAAGAACCAAUGGCCUUCGAUGAGAUGGCGUACUACGAGUUUAGCGGGGAUGAGGGAGAGGUUGAUAAAUGGAUGAGGAGGCAGAGAAGCUUGAGAAGGAGGGGGUAUUUGCAUGGCCUUGCAGUCGCGACUAACGGCCAUCCAAGAUUGAUUAGGCGACGUAGUUUUCAUGACCUGGACGACCUUUGCGAUAUAUCCGUUUUGGCUCCAGAACGGAUGCGGAUUGACGUUGAGAUCUGUGGUCAAGUGUUGGUCAUGCUGAGACGCGAAGAACACCUGAAGAAUGUUAUUGCUUGUCUCAAGAUCCUCAACACCAACCUUUCUGACACGAACGCUCUGCUUCGUCAAGAUUAUGAAAUCAACAUGCCUACGCUGUCCACGGUCGAAGCUCGCACCAAAGUUCUCGCUGCCCUUGACACGCAAGAUACCCACGCCGACAAGCUGUCGCAGUCCACCAACAUCCUUCGCUACGAAGCAGAACAGUUCCGCGUCCCCGACCUCUGGCAUGCAGCUAGCCUUUCCCGUCAAAAGGUCUUUUCACUCCGCCAAAAGGUGUUUGGGGAGAACGGGAGCCGAAGGCUACCUUCCGGCGCGCAUGGAGCCCAUGGGAGGUUCAAUAGACUUCAAAAAACCAUUGAAGGCGAUGAACGUUUGGUGGACCACUUGGGCAGGACGGAGGAUGAAGCAGAGGAGGAACAGGCUCUAGUCGAGCACGAGUCACUGACGGAUGGAAACAAGAGGCAGAGGCUAAUCGACGUGGACCUUGUUCAGAGGUCAGAUAUCGCUGCCGUCAGCGAUCGCAUGGCCAGGGAAGACGAAGCCCUAGGUGUCCACCCGGGUGAAGAAACAGAAGACGAGGAGGAUGCCGUCGAGCAUUCAAGUAUCAGACCAGUAUGGUUGCUCAAGUUCUUUGUGGGAUGGGGCGCAAGAUGGAGUGCGAGAGCUGCAACCAACAAUGCCGCUACAACUUCACCAAUGCCCAACCGCAGUACGGUGAUUGAAGGUGGCGAACCAAAGUCACCCUCACCGGAUGACGUUGGCGGUGUUUCCACUGCCGUUGAACCUUUGCGCCAAGUUAGAAGGAAAAGCACACCGAGUAUAAUCAUCUCCGACGUUGAUGUUGAUACCGAAGACCCCAAGAAGGUUAGGUAG